UAUUUGGGUCUAGAACCUCGGCUUAAUGGAUUUGAAAGCGGUACGGGAGGUGCUGAUGGUAUAACGCAGAUUGGUGCAGGUGUUAUCGGACCCGCAAGUGCCGAAAGGAAUUGCAAAAGCUCCCACUUGACAAUCAAACAGCAGGGAAUAUGUUCACGCUCACCUCCAAUUCUACAGGCAAGAUUUGUUGACGAUAUUCAUUUUGGUGAAAAAUUGUCAAGGGAGUGGUCGGAUGGUGCCGAGAUUCCAAUAAAAGAAGGAGAACUAAGUGGACCUAAAGGACUGGCAGGACAGCUGAUGAGAAAACACGACAGCGAAGCUGGUAGACGAGCUGUACGUUCACGGAUGCAACGUGUCUGCAAAUGUCACGGUAUAAUAUAA